CACCACCAGCUCCAUCACAUGCCAUGGAGAGGGUCUCUGCCUCGUCCCUCGCAGCAUCAUCACCACCCAUGCGCAUUGCACUCGAGCAGUACACGGCCCGCCGUCAGAUGUCGACACCGUGACUGUCGUCGCACGUCGACGAUGUUCCCCCCGCCCCGACGAUGGCGAGCCGCGCAAGCCCAAGCUCAUGACAUCACCGACCAGCUUCGUUCUCCAGCCAGCCCUGAGGCGAGAUCCCGCGGCGAUGACGGCGCCGUCUCGCCCCUGCGGCAGCGUGGCCGGUCUUCAUCGAGGGCUGUCGCCAUGGACGCCCAGGCACUGGACGGCGCCGCCAUGUCACCGUACCCUCCAGGCGUCGCCAUGCGCAACAUCGUCUUCCCUGAUCCCGUCGCGUUCAGGUUCCUCGAAGACGACCCCUCGGUGACCGUCAUCGAGCACCAGAGCAUCCUUCGUGGAUACGAAUUAUACAUUGUCGAGCAGUGGGCGUGCUCCAGGCAGUCACCUACUCUCGUCGUUGCCACAUAUACCGGCGAUGAGUCCCAUUCCAUCGUCGUCGGCGUGCUCGCCGUGCCUGAAGACGAGAACUUCUGGUCUCCGACGCUGCGCAUAUACUUCCGGGCAGCUCAGCAACACCAUGCUCGGCCAAAGGAGACGCCCCUCGGAGAGCUCCUCAUCACUAACCUCAGCGGCUUCCCGUCUGCCCUCACCGUGAUCCCAGUCCCGGACGGAGACGUGCGGAAGCAUCGGCAGAUCUUCAUCGUCAACGAGAACCUCAAGCGGCUGGGCUGCUCGGGCCGGUCCGGCCUGGCCCUCACUGAUCCUACCGAAGCCACGCAGGCAAAGUUCCGCCAACUAUACAAGAUCAGCGACCGCAUACCCUUUCUCCCCUCCGUGGUCGAGCUGGUCAAGUUGUGUCAGGUUGCCCUGUACAUGUUUGAGAAGCUGGAUCACGAGUAUAUUGACGGCCUCCUCUGCGACGUCACCGAGACCGCCAUCGGCAACUGGUGGACAGAGAUGGGCGCAGAGCAUUACAAUUUUGAGCCCGCGGACGGCAUCCUUGGCCCCACCACUGUCGCGGCUCUGCUCGGCAUGCUCAUGGGCGCACGGAACAGACUUAACUGGUACGGCGCCCCGGUGUCCAAGGAUGUCUUUGACAUUGAUAGCACCAAACGCGGCAUCGCGUAUUUCCAGAAACAGCACAAACUAGAAAAGACGCGGCGUCUGGAUCGCCAGACCGUCUUUCGGCUUCAUACCGCCACCGCCAAAGCCGCCGCUGGUGAGGGGCGCGGCGUCCAAAAAGCCGUCAAAUCCACCAUGACGGAAAUCGGCGGAAAGCGAGGAGAGAUUGUCAUGGACAUGGUCUCUGGCAAAGACAAGGGCGGUGUCGCUGACAUUGAGACGCUCGACCUCGACGCCUUCGUGAACCUCGCAUACGGAGAGCGACCCAAGUGGCUGUGGCACGGGAAGCCGCGCCGCGCAACAGCCGACCAUGUUGACGGCGUUCAGGACGCGGCGGUCGUCCUGCCGGGAAAGGCCGACGCCGCAAUUCAGAAUGCCAAGCGCACAAUGUCGCUCCCUCUGGACGAGCAGCUGGAUCAGAAGAAAAAGGACGACGGUUCCCUCCUCCACGCCGCUCUCUCUCCGGUGUCCACAACCGCGCCGACGGGGGAUCUGGGCGGGGGGGACAGAGACGCGCUAAGAAAGGCCGUUUUCAAGAGUGUGGCAGGCAAGAUGAGCGACGCCCGGUCCGGGCUGGGGCGGAUCAAGGAUGCUGUUGGUGGCAGUCGACGAGGCCAUACAAGCCGACAAUCCGUCUCCGCCAGAGAUGAGCAUGCCGAGAAUGGCGCAGCCAGCACUGGCUUUUCAUCACAGAGCUCUGCAAUGGCUUCGAGCCCAGCCGUCGUGACGAGAGCCUUCACGUGGAAGAACAAGCCGGAGGAGUACCUGGCAGCUUUGCGACGCGGGGAAGACGUGCUCCCGGGCAUGUCAGACGACACGCUGGAGAUGGUAUCGUCCGCUGCCGACUCCAAACCCAGCAGCAAGGUCCCAGACGAGACGCUGGCCGUCCCAGAUCUCGAAAACACGAUGGGCAAUAUCGCCAUAGAUGUACGCCAGGACGUUCUGCCCACGACGCUGACUCGCAUGCGCUCUACCGUCGACGAAUCAGAUCUGCAAGGCCCCUUGCUAGAUGAGGAGCGCAAGGGCGACGGGUGCAAGCUGGUGGCGUCGCGAAGGCACAGCUGCGGUGUGUCCGACGUCAACUACAAGCAUGUCACCAACGAAAACCGCUGGGCACGCCACAUGUCGUUUGGGGACGCGGAGCAGGCGGUCCUUGGCUGGGACGAAAUCGUCGACGUGAUGGACCUCAGCGGCGACGUGGAGAGCUUCGGCGCCCGCGCCGAGGAGGCGGCACAUCUCAAUCGACUGGUGGAGGACAUCGUCUACGACAUGGAGCCGUGGGUCGAGGAGAAGCUCCGGGUCGUGGAGGCGCUCAACGAGCGGUACUCGCGCGACAAGAUGGAGCUGCAGAAGCUGUACCACCAGCUCAACGACGCGUGCCAGCGGGUGCGCUACAGCUCGGACGAGCUGCUGGCGUCGGAGCGCGCCAGCCUGACCGAGGGCCUCAAGGAGAUUGAGGUGCUGGUGGCGCGCCUUGAGUAUGAGAUUGACGGCCUGGUGCAAAAGGUGCACGACGUCGAGGACGGGAUACUAGGCUUCGAGAGGCAGGUCGACGACGUGGAGCGCCGCGCCGAGGAGCUCAAGGUGCAGCUCGAGACGGAGAGCUGGCUGCAUUGGUUCGUGAGGACCUUGACGGGCGUGGGGACGGGGCCCAACAUUACGCGCACGGCGGCGCGAUGAAGAGCGUGGUGACAGUGCAUUGGGGCGCAUCAUGCCGCAUUUUUCUCGGAGUUUUUUUCCCCUUCCUAUGUUGGUUAGCAUCUUGCAUCGCAACCAUCUCGUCGCUUCAUGGCCAAGCAGCGCACCACACAUUAUUCAGAGACUAGGUCAAAGAUAAGAUACCCUGUUG